AUGUUGGAGGAAAAUGGACAGAUGAAAAACAGUCAAAGAAGUUUGGCAGAGAUCACAGAGCUUAUCCACACUGCCCUCCUUGUACAUCGUGGGAUCGUAAAUUUAAGUGAAUUGCAAUCUUCUGAUGGGCCACUGAAAGACAUGGAAUUUGGAAAUAAAAUUGCUAUCCUGAGUGGAGACUUUCUUCUAGCAAAUGCCUGCAAUGGACUAGCUCUGCUGCAGAACACCAAGGUCGUGGAGCUUUUAGCAAGUGCUCUUAUGGAUUUGGUACAGGGAGUGUACCAUGAAAAUUCUACUGCAGCAAAGGAAAAUUUUAUCACAGAUGAUAUUGGAAUAUCGACUUGGAAGGAGCAGACUUUUCUCUCCCAUGGUGCCUUACUGGCAAAGAGCUGCCAAGCUGCAAUGGAAUUAGCCAAGCAUGAUGCUGAGGUUCAGGAUAUGGCAUUUCAGUAUGGGAAGCACAUGGCCAUGAGUCAUAAGAUAAAUUCUGACCUCCAACCUUUUAUUAAAGAAAAGACCAGUGAAUCUAUGACUUUUAAUCUCAACUCAGCUCCAGUAGUCUUACAUCAGGAGUUUCUUGGAAGAGAUCUGUGGAUUAAGCAGAUCAGAAAGGCUCAAGAAAAAGGAAUAUUGGACUAUGCUAAGUUGCGAGAAACAAUCAAAGCUGGCAAAGGUGUGACUUCAGCUAUUGACCUGUGUCGUUACCAUGGAAACAAGGCACUGGAGGCCCUGGAGAGCUUUCCUCCCUCGGAGGCCAGAUCUGCUUUAGAAAACAUUGUGUUUGCUGUGACCAGAUUUUCAUGACACCAAAUUAAAAAGACACUAUUGUUAGUUAGCUGAAAAACCAAGGGAAAGGUGAUGGAGAGAGCUUUCAUGAUGAAAUAUCUAAAUGUGUUAAUCACUUUGAAAACAUAUACAUUUUUCCUUCUUUUUCUCACUUUGCUAAAUGAAUACUGCCUUCUUUUUGGAACUGCUACAAAGAAAAUUAGAAGAAAAAAAGGUCAAGCGGUUUUCACUUGUCACGCCAGAAGCACACUUGAGGCUGCCAGUAGCAGAAAUAAUUAAUGAGAUUCGCUCUUGUGACCUCAGCAAAUGGACAGGAAAUAAGUCCUUAUUGAUUGGACCGAGCCAGGGAUGGCGCCAGGGCGGUGGCCUGUGGUUUUCCUUCUAGCGAGGACAGAGCAAGCUAGAAGCUGCAGGUGUCAAGAGAAACACUAUCCUAUCCGUACCAACCGGUGAGGACUGUCAGAUCAAAAGCGAGUGACCAAUUUGUCAUAACAGAAAGUAGCUUGAGGAAUUAAGAAAACUAUGCUUUAUUUGUCAUCUUGCAAUUAUGUCACGGUAUUUAUUGAUACAAUAUGAAUGUGCCUUGUGCUUCAUGGUUUUUGUAAGUCUUUUUGGAAAAAUUGCUAAAAGGUUGCCAAAUAUUUAAAGUAGAAGAUUAAGAUGUUGUUGAAUGUUAAAUUGGUUGUAUUAAGGAUUGUCUGCUUUUCUUUCUUAGAGAGCAAAUAUUUUUUCAAACACAUUUCAUUUUUUUAAUGAAAAGAAACUUUUUUCCAAGGGAAAUGAAUUGAUUUAUAAUACGGUGGUGUAGGGAAUACCUUUGAUUUUUACAAGUUUCAGAAAUAUAAUUGUCAUACUGGGGAAUUCAUUAAUGCGAGUUUUCUUUUAACCUUAGAAUGUCAAAUUUUGGUCUUGAGCUGCAGACAUCCAAUUACAGAAAGAAUGUAAGCAGUCUCACAGGCCUGCUGCUGGCCACUGUCCCUGUGUGGUUCAUAGGAGAUGAUUUUUGUGGUCUGCACGUAUGCAAUAUGAGCACACCGUGGACAAGAAGGCUGAGUUUACAUAAAUGAUCUAGAUUGAAACUCGGCUACCUUUGUUCCUCAUGUGGUGUAAUUACAGCCCUAUCUGGAGAUAGCGAACACAGCAAACAGAUUUUAUUACCUAGCUCACUCCAACACUGAGUGAAGUUAUUUUAGUUAAAUUCCUCCCCCCAAAAGUUACAAAACCAUUUUAUCAGAGCCCAACAUGUGGCACGUGAUGAAGAGAAAUGUCUAACUGUGGAGGACAGGGUAUUGUGAAAUCUCUAAGUGUACUUAAAAUAUUGUAAUCGUACAGUUUAUGCCACUACAACUUAAAGUCUAUAGAUGGAGAUUCAGAAAACACUUCACUCUUCUGUUUGAAAUGUCUUUUUCUCACUGAAAUUGGCUUAAUUAGUAACUCUGCCUAAGAUGCUUUAGAGCAGACUAGGUUUUAAUCAUUAACCUCCCCGGAGGAGGAGCCACACUUUGUGCUCCUGUGUGUUCUUCGGCUGCAGAACUGCAGGAAGCUGUAGGCUUCACUAAGCAGAGGGCUGGGGACGGCCAGCGCGGGUGGGAUCCUAGGGCUCCUCCCAUUCUGGGUUAGCAUCUGGUUUGCUGUGGGACCUUGCUCAGGUCACUUCCCCCUAGCCUCAAUUUCCUUAUCUCAAGCGAGAUUAAACAACAUAAUAUAUG